CGCUAUACACGGCUAGUAUCUGCAGCAGCCAAGCAUAUAUGCGCCUCAGCCUAGGUUCGAUACUCCCGUAUCUUAUUCAAGUCUUUAAGAGCCUUAUAUUUGUUCCUUCGGGCUCCUGAAUAUUUACCAGCGGAUCUUCCCGUCCCCAAGCUUAAUUAACUGGGAGAGCAGUGUUCGCUCUCGUCAUUGCAUUGAAGGAUGGCAGCUCUUAGCGAGGACCUGCUUAUCACUGUGAACAAACUACAAGAUCUAGUUUUCAAUACCAUAGGAAAUGAUUCGCUUGAUCUCCCCCAGAUUGUCGUUGUCGGCUCUCAAUCUUCUGGAAAAUCAUCCGUUCUUGAGAAUAUAGUUGGCAGAGAUUUUCUGCCGAGAGGAAGCGGUAUUGUGACAAGAAGGCCCUUGAUCCUGCAGCUCAUAAACAUUCCGAGUGAACGGCAUGACAGGCCCGACGGUGACGAGGUCCAUAUACCUCACACUGCUGCAAGUGUUGCAGGGCAAAACGAGUGGGCGGAGUUCCACCAUCUCCCUGGUCGCAAAUUUGACGACUUUGCUCUGGUGAAGCAGGAAAUCGAAGCGGAGACAGCGAGGAUAGCAGGAAGCAACAAAGGAAUCAAUAGGCAGCCCAUCAAUCUGAAGAUUUUCUCGCCUCACGUCCUCAAUCUUACCAUGGUUGACUUGCCGGGGUUGACGAAAGUGCCCAUUGGAGAUCAACCGUCUGACAUCGAAAAACAAACUCGGGCAUUGAUCUUGGAAUAUAUAGCGAAGCCCAACAGCAUCAUUCUGGCAGUAUCUCCUGCCAAUGUCGACCUCGUGAACUCGGAGGCUUUAAAGCUUGCGCGGCAGGUUGAUCCAAUGGGGCGAAGGACCAUCGGUGUCUUGACGAAGCUGGAUCUCAUGGACCAUGGUACCAAUGCCAUGGACAUCCUCUCUGGCCGCGUCUACCCAUUAAAACUUGGUUUCAUAGGUGUCGUCAAUCGGUCUCAACAAGACAUCCAAUCUGGGAAAUCCCUAUCCGACGCAUUGCAGGCUGAGCUGGACUUUUUUAGACAUCAUCCCGCUUAUCGCAAUAUGGCAAAUAGAUGCGGCACUCAGUUUCUAGCAAAGACCUUGAAUACAACUCUCAUGUCUCACAUCCGUGAUCGGCUUCCUGAUAUCAAAGCGCGCCUCAACACCCUUAUGGGCCAAACACAACAGGAACUCGCAAGCUAUGGCAACAAACAGUUCAGCGGAAAGGAGCAUCGCGGAUCAUUGAUACUGCAGCUAAUGACACGAUUCGCCUCGUCAUUCAUAUCCUCGAUUGACGGAACCUCCUCUGAAAUCUCCACAAAAGAACUCUGCGGAGGCGCUAGGAUUUACUAUAUCUUCAAUUCUGUCUUCGGCAAUUCUCUUGAGACGAUAGACCCCACCCACAACCUGACUGUGUCCGAUAUCAGGACGGCUAUCCGAAACUCAACAGGUCCUCGCCCGAGUUUAUUUGUUCCAGAACUUGCUUUUGACCUGCUUGUAAAGCCUCAAAUCAAGAUGCUAGAAGCUCCUAGUCAGAGGUGCGUUGAACUCGUGUAUGAAGAGCUCAUCAAGAUCUGCCAUACAUGUGGUUCACAAGAACUACUUCGCUUCCCCCGUCUUCAGGCAAAAUUGAUCGAAGUUGUAUCCGAUCUUCUUCGCGAACGAUUAGGACCUUGCUCGGGAUACGUGGAGUCUCUUAUCUCGAUUCAGCGGGCUUACAUCAAUACGAACCACCCAAAUUUUCUUGGUGCGGCGGCAGCGAUGUCGUCCGUUAUUCAAAACAAGCAGGAGCAGGAAAGAAAAGCAGCACUGGCAGAAGAGAAAAGGAAAAGAGAUAGAAGACGGCUCAAGGAACUUGGAGGCUCAAAUGGCAACAUCACUGCCUCAUUGGAUGAUGAAGAAGAUCAGCAAUCCGAUAUCAAGCUACAAAAUGUCUCUAACAGAAGUCAGUCCGCCCGGGGAGCUAGAAGCAUGUCACCUCAUCUUGGCAAGGGCCAAGACAGCGGCAUUGCAGCUACAUUGAACGGGACGCAUUCAAACGCCUCGGCAGCGUUCGGGGCAACGAACACUACCCGUGAUUCUUUCUUGAACUACUUCUUUGGCAAGGAUGGCGUGCAUCCUGUCACUUCGCUACCGCAACCAUCAAACACAAAUAGGCAGCUUGCAAGCCCUCAUGAGGCCAGUGUCAGCCACAGCCUUCGGCGCACAGAAAUGCGUUCUCCCAUUUUGCCGCCUGACGAUUACGUAGCCCCCGUAGAACAUUAUAAUGACGUUGCUGUAUCGACCAAGGACGACCCAGACUCCUCUUUAACUGAGCGUGAAAUCUUGGAGACUGAGUUGAUUCGUCGAUUGAUCUCCUCGUAUUUCAAUAUUGUCAGAGAAACGAUUGCUGACCAGGUGCCCAAGGCUAUCAUGCAUCUUCUUGUUAAUCACAGCAAAGAUGUUGUGCAGAAUAGGCUUGUUAGCGAGCUCUACAAAGAAGACCUAUUUGGAGAGCUUCUGUACGAAGAUGAUGGAAUCAAGGCGGAGAGAGAAAAGUGUGAAAAACUUCUUGAUACAUAUAAGGAGGCAGCGAAGAUUGUGGGCGAGGUUUUGUAGAUCUUUGAUCAAGCAAUCUCGGUUGCAACACUUCUAUGAACUUUGACUGCACUAUUCUCUACAACAACGCAAUGGCCUGGAAUCGCUGUUGACAGGUAUCGUUUCUGUGUUUUAGGGAAAGACAGUGUGGCACUUUUGUAUUGUAUAUCGAAACUGUGGUAUUUCGUCUUUCACCAAUAUUGUCUGAUUCGUCACGUCGAAUUUCCGAGU